AUGUCGAAAAGAUGGAAAUCGACCUUCUUCGAGGAACUGGAGAAUAUUAAAUUGUAUAUUGCAAAUACAAUAUAUAUACAAGAUGGAUUUGAAUUAUUGACAGAAUUUUUAACAAUAGGAAAAGAGGUUUAUCAAUCUGAGAUAUCCAAAAUUGAUUUUAAAAAUAAUGUAGACACAGCUGAAAAAAUUAAUGCUUGGGUUAAAGAGAAUACAAAUAAUAAAAUAUUUGAUCUUGUAUCAUCAAGUGAUUUUAAUGAAGAUACAAAAUUAGUAUUAAUAAAUGCAAUUUAUUUUAAUGCUAAAUGGUUAAAUACAUUUAAUACACUGAAUACAAAAAAUAAAGUGUUUCAUGUUACAAAAGAACAAACAAAACUUGUACCAACAAUGUUUAACAAGUCUCAAUACAAUUAUGGUAAUAUACCAACACUGCAAGCAAAAUUUAUUGAAAUCCCAUACAUGAAUACAGAUAUUGUGAUGAUAAUAAUAUUACCAAAUGAAAUAGAUGGCCUACAAAAUGUGCAAUCUAAUUUUUCAUGGGAAGCACUUGCGAAUGCUUCGCGAUUCUACAAUGAUAUUGAAUUAUAUCUUCCAAAAUUUAAAAUUGAAUUUUCAAUCGAUUUGAAAAGUAGUUUAUAUAAGCUUGGUUUAAAGAGAAUUUUUAUGUCUGAUGCAAAUUUUAAUAGUAUUUCCAAUGAACCAUUGGUAGUAGAUAAAGUUUUACAUAAAGCAGUUAUAGAAGUUAGUGAAGAAGGUACGGAAGCUGCAGCUGCGACAGCUGUUUAUAUGAGACUAAAACGUGCACUAAAUUUGGCAGAAUCAGAGGAAUUUUUAGUCGAUAGACCAUUUAUGUUUAUAAUUCAAUAUAAACCGAAGAAUAUACCACUUUUCAUCGGAAAUGUACGAGAUAUACAGGUUGCGCCACGCAAGGAUGAAUUAUAAAUUUUUUUUUUAGAUUAUAAAGGAGUAAUUUUUAAACUAA